UGCUAAAAGAUACACUUCUGAUCUGAUAUCCACUAAACAUUAAGAUUUAGCAGUAACCAAGAUGGUAGGUACCAAUUCAAAUGAGGUUCCAACCAAUUAUGACAGAAAAAGUGAACUGAAAGCUUUUGAUGACACCAAGGAAGGUGUUAAAGGCCUUGUUGAUGCUGGGAUAACUGUGGUUCCUACAAUUUUUCAUCAGCCACCAGAUCAGUACUCCAUCAACAACAACUUUGAUUCAGAAGCCACCCAGUUUAGCGUUCCAGUCAUAGACCUUGAAGGCCUUGAGUUCGAUAGACCAACGAAACGCAAGGAGAUUGUUACAAAAGUUGGAGAGGCAUCAGAGACUUGGGGAUUUUUUCAAAUUGCGAAUCACGGAAUACCUAUUGAUGUUUUGGAGGAGAUAAAGGAUGGAGUACGUGGGUUUCAUGAGCAAGACACUCAAGUGAAGAAACAGUUUUACACUCGUGAUCACUUCAAACCUGUGGUCUACAAUAGCAACUUUGAUCUACACAGAGCACCAGCGUCUAAUUGGAGGGAUACUUUUAUGUGCUACAUGGCUCCUAAUCCUACUAAGCCAGAAGACAUGCCAGAAGUAUUCAGAGACAUACUUAUUGAGUACUCCAAGCAAGUAAUGAAACUGGGGAAGCUGUUGUUCGAGUUGCUGUCGGAGGCUCUUGGGCUAAAGCCAAGUCACAUGAAUGACAUAGAUUGUAGUUUAGGGCUUGUGCUUGUAGGCCAUUACUAUCCCUCAUGUCCACAGCCAGAGUUAACUCUGGGGACAAGCAAGCACGCUGACAGUGACUUUAUCACAGUCCUUCUGCAAGAUCAUAUUGGCGGUCUCCAAGUUCUUCAUCAGAACAAGUGGAUUGAUGUACCUCCUGUUCCUGGGGCUCUAGUAGUUAACAUUGGAGAUCUUCUACAGCUUAUAUCAAAUGAAAGAUUCAAGAGUGUACAGCACAGGGUACUGGCGAACCAUGUAGGUCCAAGAGUAUCGGUUGCAAGUUUCUUUAGCACAGGUAUGCUACCAUUGGGGAGACUCUAUGGACCUAUCAAAGAACUAUUAUCAGAAGACAACCCCCCAAAGUACAGGGAGACAACUAUAAGGGAAUAUAAUGCCCACUUCAAUGACAAAGGCCUUGAUGGGACCUCUGCCUUGACUCAUUUUGAGCUUUGAACUUGGAGAUAGAGGAGCAGUACAGCCCUGGACAAAUAUUUA